UUUACGUUCGGGGGAGGGUCGGUGUAGCGUAAGCUAGCCUCUGAAGGGACGACCCGCUGGCACGGCAGCCAGCGAUCACUGCUUUUCUCCUUUCACUCGAGAUUGUUUGUCGUGGGUUUUUAAAAGUAUGAACAAAGAUGAUUUUACAGCAGGGCGAGGGAGGAGACCAGCGAUACCCGAUAAAGUGGACAUGUCGCUAGAUGACAUAAUACGGUUGAACAAAAAAGAGCAACAGUUAAAAAGGAGACAGGCGACUGUGAGCCGUCGACCAGUGAAGAAGAAAGGCCGUUUAACCCAAGGAAAGGGGGCUCCGCCGAGGACCGCAGGACCGGUCCACAGAGGAGGUGGCGUGUCCCGAGGAGGAGGAGGAGGUGGUGGUGGAGGUGGAGGAGCAGGAGCAGCACCUAAGUUAAGAAACAGACGGCUCCCUCCAACACUGGGUCGACGGCGGGGUCAAGGGGUUAUCACGGGACUGGCAGCGAGGAGGCCGGCUGCUCUGCUGAAGCGAGUCGGGACAUUUAACAGAGCGUCAAAGGUUCAGAUCAACCAGAAAACACGACAGAAAACAAAGCCCUUCAUUCAACGCCCUGAAGCCCAGUACAGGAAGCCAGAGGUACAGAGGCGGCCAUACAGGCAGCCCGAUCAACAGAGAGGACAGAAUGCAGCGCCGGUCAGGAGGCCAUUUCAGCUGCAGCGGCGACCACUGCCGCCUGUCCAGCAGACACAGAGGGAAGCACGCCAGGCCACGUUUCUUUUUCGCAGAGGACUCAAGGUGCAGGCUCAAGUGCAAAAGCCAAGUCCUCGCACCCCUCCAGUCAGAACUCGCCAAUGGCGCACAUCAACAACCAGCAGUGGCGUCUUGACUGUUUCAAUUGACAACCCCACAGCCAGGACUCAGCCCGAGCCUCCCACCGCUUGGACCCUGCAUCCCCCUGUUGUCCCCUCCGCUCCUGUCAAGGUGGAAACGGUGGAAAAGAAAAUACCAAAAGGAGUGCCUCUGCAGUUUGACAUCAACAGUGUUGGGAAACCGCAAACAUCGAUGACCUUGAAUGAGCGAUUCCGAAUCCUGAAAGAUCAGCGCACAGCCACAGCACAAAGCACUAAAGGCAGUCGGUUUGUUACAGUGGGUUAGCUGGCAAGAAGACGGUCACUGCUUAAUGCUCCAAAGCCCUUUUGUCCCGCUCAGACCCCACACAGUGAACCCCACCUUUCUGACAGAUGGGACGUGGCGACCCACUGAUUGACUUUACUAACACGAGGGAGGCAAGCCGUGGGACAAACGAGCGCAACUGCUCAACUGUGAGAACUCAAGUGUGCAAGUGUCAAUGGAAGAGUUUGUUUCCAAAAAAAAUAAGUCUCCUUUUAUUGUCCAUAUUGUUGUACUCCGCUGUUUGUAUUGUGGAUGUCCUACUGGGAAGGAAAGAUGUAUUUUCCUUUUCCUCCAGCUGACGUGGAACUGUUGACACUAUUAUAAGCUUGGAAGUAUUUCUUUUCAGAAAGGAGAAACUUUGCUAGGCUGGCACGUAUGUUCUCAAUAACCCUUUUUUUGAAUUUUUGAGAAUUGUUUUGUAAUGUUUCUUCAAAUAAAUGAGUUUCUCUUUAAAGGUU